AUGGCGGUGAUUGUUGCGUGUCGAGUGUCACGUUGCUUUUAUCGACACUUUUCCCGUCAUCUUUUAGUAAACAGCAUUUUUCGUUCUACAAGUUAUUUACCACAAACUAGAAUAAUCUCAUAUUGUAAAAGAUCUCUUUGCGGUGACGCACGGAAUAAUGCCUCUAAACUGGGCUUGAUUGAACAGAGUUCCAAGUUUCAACUUGUUUUUACGUGCAAAGUAUGCGACACACGAUCAAGGAAGGUUAUCAGUAAACAAGCUUAUACUAAAGGAGUGGUUAUCGUCAAAUGCCCUGGCUGUAACAAUAAUCACUUGAUAGCUGAUAACCUAGGAUGGUUUUUCAAUGACAAAAGGUAAGAGUAAUUUGCAAAACUUGUUCUUUUUUAUAAUUAUCAGCAGAACUGGUGUUUUCAUGGCAUCGUUUUUAACAUUAUUUUUGCUACAACUUUUGACAAUUUUCGGUUGGUAUGUAUAGACAAUUAUAGCAAUGGGCCAAACAAAACUUUCCACUGCAAGACCAAGCAUCACUUAUGUGGCCCAUUCUGUAUCGAAGCCAGAAUACAAGAACUGUAUACAUGGAUUGUAUUACAGAAAAUGAUAGGCUUUAUACUACAUGAGAAAUUUCUGCAAUUUGAUUGGCUUAGAGCAGUGGUAUUUCAGCUUAAUUUGAAUUACCUGCAUGUGAAAAUUACAAACCUUUUGUGGUAGUAGUAUAAACAAAUAAUAGCAUGAUUUGUAGGUGAUAUUUGGUAUGAAUACCACUUGUGAUAUUUCAAAAUUGUCUCAAAUUUCACUCGCCUUAUGGCUUGUACAUGUGAAAUUACAUAUAACAUUUUCGAAAUAUCACUCGUGGUAUUUAUGCGAAACAUCACAUCAUGCUGUUACUAAGUCUUAUACUAAUUGUUUGUGGUGAAGUAUUUCUUUGUGCACUUUGUAAUAUGAUGUCCCAACUUAUCAGAAGAAUCUCCACUCUGUCAAAUGUACAGUACAUGUACAGUAUACAUCAACACAAAAGAUCUCCUCUGAAAAUUAAAUUUGCUGCUGCUGCAUGUGAUCAGUCUUGUUGUAUGGAUGGAACAUCAUCCUGAUACUGAGUCAGACUGCACAUGAUAUAUUGGCAUCAAAGUUACUUCAUGGAUCUUCUGUUAGUCAGGCGUAAUAAUUAUUCACAGGGUUUUAGCAAUCUGUUAUGCUUCAUGUAGUGCAAAAAUUUAUCAAUGAAGUACAUUUUGAUGUCUCAGAAAACACAAAGAUAGGGGUUAUCCUCUCUUAUAACCCUACAAAGUCAUGUUGUUGUGAAAAGUUGUGGAAUUUUUAUAAUCAGUUAUUGAUUUUGCCAGAUAAUGCUUUCAUGUACAUGGAUUAUUUUUGUGAACAGCAUAUUUGGUACUUAAAAAUAUAUCUUCUGAAAAAUAUACAAUGUAGCAGUUUUCCAAAUGGUCAGAAAUUAGAGGAAUUACUUAAAAAACCAAUGUAAUCUGUGCUUGCUCCUUGGUAAGGGAGGAAAACCAACAAAGCUGAGUACUUCAGACAACAGCAGAAUGUGUGAUUUUAUUUUUAAACUACAGUUCACACUGUACAAUAAAACUUGACACUCAAUAAUUGGACAGAAAGUCUGAAUAUCAUGUCCUCUAUGAUAGUUAUGAGUGUAAUAUUGUUCUUCCCAAAAACAAACAGUUGAUAAAAUAAGACUUUUACCAAGGCCCAUUGGUAGCACACAAAAAGCCUCCCAGAAAAUUGGCCAACCCCAUAUAUUUUAAAUUUUGCGUAUCAAAUGAUGGCUUGUCAACAAAGAGGUAGCAUUUACAAUAAACAAUCUAUGGGGUUGGGCAUAUCCCAGACCCUUGAAAACAUUCUCGUGCUACAGUGUACAACCCCAAGUGCCCUGAAAUUCUUAUCAGGCACUUUUUGGAAAAAAAUCAACAGGAAAAGAUUUUAUAAUAUUCACCUUUAUAGGGCUGGUGAAAAGCACACUCUGAAUGUAAUUAUAUUGUUCAACAAGUUAUUGAUUCCUUUUUUGUAAGCUAACAAACUUGAACUGCAGGUAAAAAAUCACUAAUUUGUUUUUUUGUUUUGUUUUUGUUUUUGUUUUUGUUUUUUUCUGUGUACAUGACUUUUGGUGUGUGUGCAGAUUAAAACAUUUCUGAUAAAUUUAGACACAAAAUCAGAAAACUAUUACACCUGCCAGACUCGAUAACAAUAACGUUAAAAUGCUUUAAAAUCUGCAGUGAACAGAUCCUAAAUAAGAGUAUCUUUUUAAAAGCAGGUUAGUUUUGUAAAUAUUCACAUUUCUAGCAUUUUAGUACUGUCGCUUCAUUCUGGUUUUGACUGUCCCAAGAAAUCCAAUUGAACAAUCUCUCUCAGUUAGUUAAAAUGUGUUUUGACUUUUUUUACAUGUAACCAUACACUGUUGACCCUUUUUGCUGUAUGUACAUGUAAAUCAGUUGUACAUGCAUUUAUGAUUAAAUUGCCUAUAACGUCCCCAUUUCACAAAAUACAUUUUCUAUUUAUUUUGUAGGAAUAUUGAGGACAUACUUGCUGAAAAAGGAGAGACAGUGAAGAGGGUUUUAGAUAGUGAUUCCCAGGAGUAUUUUAUUGAAGUUGAAAAGAGCGAUGAAGAUGAACAUGGACAAAUCACCAACAACAAUACAGAAAAUAAGAAAACCUAAAUGUACAUUCUGGAAGCUUAACAAUAAAUCUCUUUAGCUUGUAUGUUUUGUUUUCCCAAUAUAGGUCUCUGGGGAACUUGAUCCAUUGUCCUUUCAGAAAUUAUGCGUAGAUAUGCACGUGAAUAAGACGAAAUUUGAAAGAAUCGGUUCCCUAGAGUAUUAGCACGUGACCUGUAUUGGGGAAACAAAACAUUCAAGCUAAAGAGGUCUAUUAAUAACAUAACUGAUAUUUUUCGGUCAUUUCAUAUUUUUGCCAUUUUCACUUCGUGUGGCCUAGAAUCUUAAGAAUUAGAAACACCGAAAUACUUGUAACAUACCUCAAAUGUGUACAAGCUAACAUAACUUUUCCCAAUGAGCUACAUCCGCGGAUGCAGACGUAGGGCCAAAUAAAAAUGUAGUUUCUCAUUUGCAUACUCGCCAAAACAAGAGCACGCGAAGGUUUUUUGUUAUUAUUAUUCAGACUAUUGACGCUGGGCGAAAUUCUCAGUUAAAACAAAAGCUCUUUUAUUGACCUAUAACGAACAAUUUUAAUUUCGGCGACUCACAUUUUUUCUUCGAAUUCCAACGUGAGCCAAAACACAAAGCACAUGAUCUCAAAACACGUCAAGGUUACACGCGUGUUAUAAACUGUAGUGCUAUAACAUUUCGUGCUUUUGCGAUCACGAUAUCUCACAAGCUCAAGGGGGGAUCAAGCUACAUGUUCGUGUAACAUUUCUUUUGCCAAAAAAAAAAAAUAGGAAAGAAGAAGAAGAAAAGAAAUUAAAAGAAAAGAAAAAAAAAAGGGAAAAAAGCGAUCUAAAAUGAUACGGUAUUUAUGAGGUAAUUGUAUACUUUUUAAUGCGGAAGGCUAAAUAAAUUAUAUAUAAUACCUGAUUACAUCAUGGUAUUAAAAGACCUUUUUACCUAUGUAAUGACGUGCGUAUAAUGUAGGGGCAUGCAACUGAAUUCAGUUAUCCUCGGUAGGAGAGAUUCACCGGAACACAAAACGUUUUCCCUUCGAUUGUAUCGGUAUAUCAAAUUUCGACAGGUUUCAGCCUUAAUAUUGACUAAAUAUUUGAAAACCACGAAGGGCUGGUUUUCAUGCCAUUUACUUGGGUUUAUUAAUUGAAUUCUUAACUGCAAUGAAUUAAGUUUCACCCGUAAAAUAUAAAUAUAUUUACGUGCUCAGUCACAAUGUACAAAUAUUAUUUAGUAAAAUAGAAAAUGACUACUUUGGAUCGAAUUCAGAGACGAACCAAUGGCUUUCAAGAGCUAGUUGACGCGCUGAGAUGGACAAGCUGUGGACAUUUAGCGGAUCUUCUUGUUCCGGGAGGAGAAGGUAGGUGGAGGAUGAGAAAUAUAAUAUAUAUAUACAUAUAAAUAUUGGAAAUAGGAAAAAAAACUACACUUUCAUCCCGACAACCCUGUUUCGUGAUCGCUCACUCUUCAGGAUGAGCGAUCACGAAACAGGCUUGUCGGGAUGAAAGUGUACUUUUUUUUUCCUAUUUCCAAUAUUUAUAUCACGCUCUACUUUAACGUAUGGAGCACUCUAGUACGGAAAAAUCGAAACACAGACUUCCUAUAUAUACACAUAGCACUAAUAUGAACAACUGAAUUAUGCUUAUUUUUUAAAAUAUUAUAUGGUGACUAUAUAGUGAUAUCAUACAGCGAAAAGUAAUGCCAGCCUCCGGUUUUAAUAGUGCAGUUAUAGUAACAUGAAAAAUUCUCAUGAAUUCACUGAAAAUAUUCAGUCUCUUUUUUUUUAUUAAGGUCAAAACGUAUUGCUGCUAUUGGCUAUUGUUUUUGUUUUGUUUUGUUUUUUUGUUUUUUUUUUUGCGCUUUUUGAGUGCUGUAGGUAGAUACUUCAGAGAAAACUGUGAAAUUACAGAAUUUCAAGUUACUAAAUGAAUAAAACUAUCCUUAAUAUGUUGUUCUCUGUUGUUGCCGUUUGUAAAACCUGGUUACAUAAGUCUAAUUCUGAUCUCUUUAAUAUUCCUGGCUACCAUUUUAUCUCCAAUUCAAGAGAACAUAAAUUAGGUGGUGGAGUUGGUCUUUACAUUCAGUCUGAUAUGAAUUUUAAGCCUAGGAUUGAUCUUCAAUCUUCUGACAAUUCCUUGUACGAAUCAGUCUUUGUGGAAAUCAUGCGACCUCAUGUAUUCUCACACUUUAAUCACCUUUUGCCUGCCUCUCUUUCCUCCCUCCUCCACUUUAAUCGUGAUUUUCAUGAUUAUCUAACUCGUUCUCGUUUCAACUUCCUUAAAAUGUCCCUCAGGUAUCAAUUUGCGAUUAGUUGUCAAGCCCCGACUAUUUGGAACGAUAUUCCCUUGACUGUUCGUCACAGCCUUACCACUAGUAAGUUCAAAAAGAAACUAAAACUUCACUUUUUAAGCCUAAAUUUGAACUAGCGCAGGAUUCUCAUAGCUUAUUGUUGGUUUAUUUGUCACUAGUUAUGGACUGUUGUAGGACUGUUAUAGGACUGCAUGCAUGUAAACGUAUUUAAUUUCAGUUUUGUAUCUUGUUUUAGCUUUGUAGUUUAGCCUACAGUCUUCAUUUCUAUAUAAAAUAAUUUCUGUCAUUCUGACCACAGGCCGUAUAAGUCCCCGCUUUUGGCUUUACUGAGUUUGUACUAUAUGAGCGAUGGAAUAAUAAAGUUAAAGUUAAAAAGUUAAAGAUCCUGCAAGGCUAACGGAGACGACGUACGGUAACUACUUAAAAUCGGCAAUUCGAUGCGAUCAGGGUUUAAUCUCUUCUGAUGUGGCUUAAUUUUGUCUGGCUUGAUUUAUCGCAAAACCAAGCUAAGUUGAAACAUUGAAGCAUCUUUACCUGUAAAUCAAAUAUAGAGUCGUUAGGAGAGAAAAAGGCGGUAUUAUAGACACACUUUUAAUAUUUGUGACCGUUCUCAUGCACUUAUUUCCCUUUUUUCAGUCUCUCCAGUCGACCUCAACCUUCAAGUUCAUACCUUUCCCAUGACCGGAAGUUGGAUGUACUGCCCUUUUCCCUUACUCUGGUAAAGUUUCCAGAUUCUUGGGGCUCUGCUGUAAAAACUGCAUGUUCUCAAAGGUGACGGUGUUGGCCCUAAUUGUAUUUAACAGCGUGCCCUUGGAGGAGACAGUGCGCCAGGGUCACGUGGAAUUCAUGACUGAAAUAAAAGGAUCCGAUAGACUAACUAAACACUUGAAUAUGUACACCAAGUAGAAUCGGAAUAGAAUAAUUUAUUUAAUAUCGAAGAUGUGGGAACUGUUUGCACAAUCUUCCGAGCCAUAGGCUCGUGUUAAAGACGUUCGACAAACUAUUAAAAAAUACAAAGC